AUGGACGCUUCAUUCGCUUCGUGCAACAAGAAUGGGCGCAAUGGUGACGCUUCAAGUGGAAGUGUUGAUGAUACCAGACUUACCACAACUGCCGAGGCAUUAGAGUCGAUGGUCAUACCCCUGCAGUCUGACCAAGUCGGUAUCUCACCUUCGGAAAAGUUUAAUUGCUGCUCCGCCGCCUGCGCUCGGUAUAUAUCCUGGGCAGUGCAAGAGAUACAGAAUGGUGGAUUGGUCGUAAAGCACGACUACCGCAUACAUUGGUGGAGGGUGUUGGAUGCUUUUGUGCGAUCCGAGCAAGGCCAGACACUGAUCGGUCAAAGUCCGGAUACAAAAGAGGGCCUUGAAAAGCUUACUUGCAGGCUGGGCGUUGAGGGAGAGGCUAUUUCCAAAAUCGGACCGAAUUUGGUGGGCCUGCUGACUGGGCAAAUCUACCCUCUUUUUCUGCUCCUCAAGGACGAUUUGUUGUUUCGCAUAUACCGUUCUGACGAGGGGGCCCGACCAAACCGGUACGUGGCCGAGUACGUCAAACAGCUCGUUUCUCAGGCCAAGAGGAAGUUGAGAAUACUAGAGAUUGGUGCUGGAACGGGGGGCACAACGUUUCAGGUGCUCCAAGCGUGCAGUCCUUGCGGGGAAGCUUUUUGCGACGAAUACAUGUACACUGACAUCUCGCCCAACUUUUUCAAGACUGGCGAGUCAACGCUAAAGAAGUGGCAGCAUUUGCUCACGUUCCGAAAACUGGAUAUUGAGAGCAAUGUUGCCGGUCAGGGCUUUCAGGAACACGCGUACGAUGUGGUCAUUACUGCAAAUGCUAUCCACGCUACGCGUUCUCUUACAAAGUCACUUGGAAACAUUCACAAGCUGUUGAAGCCAGGCGGAAUACUGGGUCUCGUGGAGCUCACGAGACUGACUCCAUAUUUUAACAUGGUCUUUGGCUCACUUCCGGGUUGGUGGCACGGGGUCGAUGAGGGCAGAGUGGAAAGCCCAUUGCAAUCUGCUGAACAGUGGAACGAGCAGCUCCGAAAAUCCGGCUUUUCUGGCACGGACUUGGUGGCAUUUGAUCUUCCAAAAUCCGAGGGACAUAUUGCUUUACUCAUCUCUCAUGCGCUUUAG